AUGGGCUCUCUUGAUACUAUAAUUCCGACAUAUACGGUGAUCCAAGCUGAUGGACUAUAUCCCGAUGAUUCAAUCGAACAAGCCAUCUUCACGGUAAAAGAUGGCGAGAAGCCAUUCAAAGUGAACUAUAUACAGACAAACCUCUCUCCCGCAGGAGAACCUCUUUUCAAGCCCUGGUCAAGUAUAGACCCAGAGCUGCGUGCCAAGGUCGAUGGCAUUACGAUUUUGAAGCCAGACUUCACAGCGGCAGACCUCGAACUCUUCCCCAACUUGAAAGUGAUUGUUAGGAUGGGUGCGGGCUAUGACCGUGUAGACCGAGUGGCACUGGCAAAAACAGGAGUGAUACUCAGUAACCUUCCCGACUAUGGAACAGGUGAGAUCGCAGAUCACGCAAUCAGUCUGGCUCUAGCUCUGAGGCGGGGUAUCAUUCUUCACCACGACAGUCAACGAUCAACCCCACCUAGCUUGUGGUCUCAUAUUGAAACACCAUUGGUCUCUCGAAUUCAAGGUGCCACUUUUGGAAUUCUAGGUAUCGGUCUCAUCGGAACUGCCGUUGCGUUGCGGGCGAAAGCAUUCGGGUGGAAUGUUCUUGCGUAUGAUCCUUACGCGCCAAAUGGGAUCGAAAAGGCACUUGGGAUUGAGCGGACGCGUGAUAUUCAAGAAUUGUUUCGUCGGAGCUCCACACUCAGUAUUCAUUGUCCGGCAACCUCACAGACCAUCAACCUUGUGGGAUAUGAUCUUCUGCAACUGAUGCCCUCGGGUUCCAUUGUGGUUAAUACCGCACGAGGAGAAGUUCUUGAUUUGGAUGCUGCGGAGCGUUGCCUAAAAGAGGGUAAGCUCACUGGUCUUGGACUAGAUGUAGCCUCGAAUGAACCUAUUCCGGUCGAAGGGGUUAUUCAUCCUUUGUUUCAAGCAUAUCGCGACCAGGAAGAAUGGUUAAGGGGUAGAUUGGUGGUUUCUCUUCAUACCGCUUAUCACAGUCCGGAAUGCCUGGAUGAUAUUCGUAUCAAGAGUGCCCAAGUGAUGCGUGAUGUGUUCAUCAGUGGAUUGAAGAUGAACAUAAUUGCUCCUCAUAAUGUAAAAUAA